AUGAAUACAUCCAGCCAGUCCACGUCUAGUCAGCCAUCGUUACCCGGCCUCAAUCCCGACUUCCAGAUGUUGUUCCCGUUCCUGCAGAAUCAGCUCCCUUUUCCGAUGUUGCCCCACCAACUGAUGGCCAACAACCCGAUGGCCAUGCCUUUUAUGAGGGGUGGGAAUCCGGCUGGGCCACCUUUUGGGGGCUUGCAGUGGAGCAAUGAGGACGAUGGGGUCAAAGAUGAUCCCAGUAUCGAGUUGGAGGAUAAGGAUUUAUGGGAUCGGUUUAGCGAUUGUACAAACGAAAUGAUCAUCACAAAAAGUGGACGGUAAGUUUGAAAGUGGUAUCUAUGCUCUGUCCGCAGUAAAGAUACGAUCAUUUUUUUUCAUAAUGGGUCAAAAAUUGACUAUUUAAAACAUUGGCUAUAAAAAUUUUUGCUAUAGAUUUUUUCAGCCGUAAUUGACCUUGUUAGAAAGAUACUACCCUAUUCUACUAUCUAAACUCAAAAUUUCACUCCACAUAUUGAAUGCCACCCUAUUUUCAGACGAAUGUUUCCCUCGGUCAAAGUGAAAAUCAAGGGCCUCGACCCCAAAAGCAAAUACUUUGUGAUGCUCGACAUUGUCGCCGUCGACCAACAUCGCUACAAAUUCCACAACUCCAAAUGGGGCCUGGCCGGCAAAGCGGACCCCGAAGUCCACAAGCCAAUCCACGUGCAUCCGGAUUCACCUCAGGACGGUGAAACCUGGAUGAAAAAGGGCGCCAGUUUCUCCCGAGUCAAAGUCACCAAUAACAUGACGAACAAGAAUGAGUUUGUAAGUUAAUUCACCUUUUUUGGGAUUUUGAGAUUUUUCAAAAAUUCGAUUUUUUUUAGAUUUUUUGCACUGUGCAAUUUUUCGGAGUUUUUGCACGGUGCGAUUCAAAAGUUUGGGGCUUCAGUUUGUGAUCCCACUCUCUCGAGGUGGGGGGAUUUUAUAAGAGCAUUAACGGGAGCGUCGGAGAGAUAUUCUUACAGUACAAACAGGAUUAGUCGCACCCAAUGGAAGAUAAAUAAUUUUCUCGAGUGGGGACCAAAAUUUUUUCUAAUUUUUGAGUUUGCGAUAGAAAUUACAGUAAUCAAAAAUUCCUCAGAAGUCUUGUUUUUAAUAUUAGACGGUUUGGAAGCUAAUUUUUAUGUUUUGAGAUUAGAAAUUAUGCAAAUUUUUCGAUUUUUUCGAAAUUUAUGCAAAUUUUUGAGAUUUCUAAAAUUUGUUUCGGACCUUGAAAUUAUGAAAAAAUUAAUUUUUGAACCCUAUCUUACUCAAAAAUUUCGUUACCGUAUCCCCCUUCCCUGGAAACGCCCGAUUUGACGCUCAUUUUCCGCUAAAUUGCCCCUCCAGUCCCCAUAAUCUUGUCGCUUUUCCACGGUUCAAUCAACCAUAUCCGCACAUAAUAACUGUCACAAUUUACGGCCCAAAAUUCGGCCGCCUAUUUACCACAAAAAAGGGUGCAUGGAAAUGCUCUUACCGCGAAUCACGAAAUCUAACGGAAAAUGUGUUACUGUAGACGGCUCUCAUGGGAGCUUUGCGCGCUUUUGGCGGACGAAAAACGGGGAUUGGACCCUGGGGGAAAGCGGGACCAAAGAAAUAAUUCGGAAUGGAGUCGGCGAAAAAAGACGUCCGAAAUGCAAUUAGACAUUGAUAAUUGACUGGUAAUUAAGUGUAAAACUUUUUGGAGGCCUUAAUUUUUUCUUGGAAGUCUUAAAUUGGCAAUUUUUAGCAAAAAACAUAGUGUAUUUUAUGCGGCAAAAAAGUUGAAAUAAUCAUUUUUGCUACUGCUACAAUAGAAAGGCUUAAAUCAGGUCUGAUUUUUUAUGUAAAUCUCAUCUUGACUCUUCAAACUACCCCUGACUCAACCCCUUUUUUCGCACGAAAUUGCCCAAAAUUUCCGUCGCCAAAAUCGAAGCCAAAAGCGGCCCGAAAACGCGCCGUAUCGGAUUCAUGGGAAAGUCCAGGAAGUGCAGGGCCAAGUGACUGUGUCCCGCACAAACUUUUGUGCGUAAUUUGAAGCCCUUCGGGGGGUCAAAAUCUAACGGAUAUGGAAUUUUUUCUGUGUAAACAGUAAGAUUAUACCGAGCGCCGAAAUUAAGUGCAACUUUCGAAGCCUUUUCGGCUUCAAUGUUGGACAAGGCUCUUGAGGGGGGCAUCUGACUAAAUCUCGAAUUUUAUGGCAGUGAAUUAGCUAGCUAAGAUGGUAUAUGAUACUGUAAAAUCAUAAUUUUUACAAUAGAUAACUCUAGUUCUUCACAAGACCCAAAUUAACCUCAAAAAACAAAAGAAAUCACCUUGAAGAUGCCCUCUGCAAAAUUGCGCAUGAUUGCGUAGACACAAUAAAUAUUUCGAUGAGCAAGUGUGGAUAGCGAAGGGCCAUGUUUUGACACGCGCGACCUUGUAAUUAACCCGGGAUCGCUCUGAGACAUUCCCAGCCAAUUUUAGGGGGGAUCUUUGGGGGAUUAGGUCAUUAUUUUUGAUAGAUUAUGAUCAUCUUCGGAAAUGGUUGACAGUUUUAGAGGUGUUCGGACACUCUAGCGAAAAAUUUGAGCAAUUUUGAAAGUCAGCAAGACUGUAAAUGAAAAAAAAUUUGAUUUUUUUGAAAGCUCGGGUAUAAUCUAAAAUAAGGUAAAAAGCGUCGAUAAAUUGAAAAUUUUGGAUCUAAAAGGCCUUCAGAUUUUGUAACUGGGCUUUAGCUGCAACCCAAUAGUCCAGAGACAUAAUGAAAAUAAAUCUUUUCAACAAAUUUUGACCUGACCUAAAAUAAGGUCGGCAAUAUUCGAAAAAUGGCUAAAUUUGUCUGUAAAUGGCUUCACCAUCUUGCCUUAGGCUCACUACUGUAUAACCAGCUUCCUAUUUCUUCGCAAAAUCUACAGUUUCUUUCCCCAAGCUCACUCCAAAAUUUUUGAAAAUCAAAGAAUCCGAAUUCCUGAUUUUUUAUUCAAGUCAGUUUGGACACUUGCAAAUCCCAAUCGGUCUUCCACUUGGACCUCAAAAUUUAUUUACAUUCGGUACCUUUGGCUGUCAACCCUCAGCUAGCCGACUGAUUGAUUAUUAAGGUUUUUGAUGUGCGUCGUUUUACAUCUUGCUUCUCCUCUCUCUCUUUUAUGAACUGCUGAUCCCGAACAUGUCUCGCCCUUUUUUCUUUCUCUUUUCUGGCCGCCGAAAUGACAGAUUACAGCGAGAAGCGUGCCGUCGAUCAUUCGGAAGGGACGAGAAAUUGAGAAAUUCGGCAAAAGAGACCGCGAAAAUCGGAGAGCGCAGAGAAAGCCUCGGCCAAUCAGAGAAGAGAGAGCCGGCGCGGCCCGCUGCAGCUCGCAGAGAAACGCUCAAAGCGGGGUUGUAGGGACAAGUGUUCUCGCGGUCAUUACACUAAAAACAUAUCGAUUAUCGACCCAACAUUUUUACGACAGUGCCGCAAAGGGCGAGAGCAAUGAAUUUAUGAGCGCAACGGGAGUUUAUGAACUUUUUGCGGUGAUAAAACUUAAUGAUACAAAGUAGCUGGCUACGCAAACAUUGCAAGGGGAGAUGGCAAAUUUUUAUGAGGUCGUCGUUGAUAAUUUUUAGGGAUGAUAUUUUUAACGACGAGACGGGAAAAUUGCAAUUUUUGAAAGCGAAAAACCCGAAAAUUUAGAAUAAAAAAAUGGUUGUAAAAUACGAUAGCGGGCAAUAAAAUGGUUUAAAAUUUCAAGGUGAGAUUGUCAUAGGAUUACACUGCCUGGUACUAAAAUGAAAGAUCAGUUUUGAGAACAGUUAAAAUGUAAAAUCGAGAUUUUUUGAGCAGUGCCACGUCUUGAAGGCAUUGAAAUAAAAACGUUUGUAAAAUACGAGGUGUUUCGCUGUUCUUGCUAAAUCCUAAAAUUGAGGUAGACCAUAUAAUGCUUCUUUCAAUUUACAAUCCUUUUCUGCCGGUCCUCUCUCAAGACUCUCGAAUUUAACAUUCAAACUGCAACACAUCCCCCAUCUCUAACUCAAUUUUCCAUGCCCUCCCAAGACAAUAGGCCAGGCCGCAGAAUUAAACGGCCGUGGUAAUUAUUAUUUCUAGGGGUUCAAAUAACAUCCCCACAAUACCGUUUUUCAAUUCCACUUUGGCGCGGCGAAUUAAAUUAGUGGCUUUGGGGGAGUGAAAACAACAAGUCUACGGUAGCGAAAAUUGAAGGUGUCUGGGGACUGGGAAUUUCGACGAGGGGCAAAUUGAGUUAACAACAAAGUUUGAGGACGACUGGGUUACUGUACUUUCGUUUUUUUUCUGUUUCGGAUAUUUUUUGGAGGAUUUUGGAUAUUAUAGUAGACAUCUUAUAAGGAAUUAUGUUUUUUGGUGAUUUAUCGUAUUCUCGAAAGUCCUUAGGUGCUGUUUUUUACAUCAAAGAAUUCACUGAAGUCCCAGCCACAUAAAUUUUCCUACAGUAGGCCGCUUAAGUCGCCGCCCGACCCAAAAUUUACCUUCGAUUAGCACUUGAUCAUGUCCCCAAAAAAUUCUCAAGUACCUGAAAUCGGAUCCCAUCAACACGCUCAAACAUUUAUCCCCCGUUACCCAAACAUUUGGGCCACCAAAUUGUUGCGCAACCGUCGGCGCCACUUCAGCUUCCUGCUCGAAAUAAAUCGGGAGUGUCGGUGGCGCUUUGUUCAAACUUUUCGGAGGGAGAUUAGAAAGUGCAGAUUGUGCAAUAUGUUUGGACAACUUGAAGAAUACGCAAACGGCAGGCGAGAGCAUGGAAACGAUUGGGGAAUAGGCUACUGUGGAAAGAGUUAUUGGAAAAAAGAUAACUUUUUUGGGGGAAAAUCAAGAAAUUUUGCCAAAAAAAUUCAUUUUAGCGGUUAAAAUUGGCUUUGCAUAUGGCCACAUUACUGUAUUUUGGAUUAAAAUGAACUUUUUGCCGUUUUUUGACCUAAAAAAAUAAAAAAAUUUUAAUUAUAAAAAUUUUUCAAAAAUAAAUUUUUUUGAUUUUUGGCAAAUUUUUGCCUGUAAAAUACGGAAUUUGAGGUACAAUUACCACUACAAAAUCAGUUUCUAAACUUUCAAAACACUCUGUAUCCCCCAAAAAUCCCGUUUUGCCCCCAAUCCGCGCACAAAAAAACUGCUAAGCCCCCACCGCAAAAGUGCGCCUCAAAAAAAGUUCGAAAUUUGGUGAGAAAUCGCGGGGAUUUUGGCAACAAAUCCCCACAAUAAUUUGUUUCGGCGUGGGGCAAUUUACAAGUUCUGCGGCGGAUUUUGCGGGGUGAUUUAUUUUGCACUCUUUAGGUGUCGUUUAAGGGGCUUUCAGGGGUUUUUGAGCCGGAUUUUUUUGGGGAAGUGAAGUUGUACUUUGAAAAAACUAGAACUGAGAGAAAUUUGGAGACCUUAGGGAAGUGUAAAACACGAAAAUUACAAUUGUUUUGAACAGAAAUUAAAUUUUAUAGCUAUGAUGAUCUAAAGUAAUAUAAAUGAAUUUUUGGUGGCAAAGAUGACACAAAAUAAGCUACAAAAUUGGCUAAUUCCGAGUAAUGAAAAGCCUGCCAUCUUCGAAAGAGAACAUAAACACUUGAAAAAUUAGCAUUAAAUGCCAAUCCAAUUUAUUGCGCAAUCAAAUGGCCAAAACACUUUUGGCGCCAAAUUCGAUUUGAAACUUUGGUGGCAAAACAAAUGACAACACAUUUUUGAAUAAAAAUACUUCAAGAAUUAAUGACAAAAAGAAAUUUUUGAUGACAAAAAAUUUUUAUGACAAUUUUUUGUCAUAAUUUUUAAUUGUCAUCAAAAACUUUUUCUCCGAAAAUGUCACCAAUCUUCAAAUCCGCCCUCAAAAUUCCCCAGAGACUACGGUAAUUUGGCUAUUCCCUUUUUUAGCGCCGAUUUUCUCCCCGCAACAGCUGCAAUUCGAAAUGGGUUUUUGAAAAACCUCCGCUGAUCUAAUCGCUGUAAAGCAAUGUAAACUAAUCCCCCCGAACAAUAUGUUUUGUGGGGUCUGUUAUUAAGUGGCGGAAAGGUUAGCGGAGGUUUCGACCAAAAAGGAAAUUGUUUUUGCCGGUUGCGUAAUGCGGGAGAGGAUCAGAGAGUUUGGACAGGUGCGGGGUCAAAUUUACGGUAGUUGGGGGGUCUGGAGAGUUGGGGAAUGGGGGGAAAUUUAAUCCAGAGGACUUGAUAUGCUUUGAAGUUUAGUUUUAAAUGCUUUUUACCGCCUUUGCAAGCUAGAAAUGGACUUGGCAAGGUUAAACCAAAAUUUUGAAAAACUUCGAUUUUUUGAAAAAUUCAAUUAAAAAAUUGAUGAUUUAUGCUAUCAGAAAUAUUCGAAGAGCAACAUGACUCACUGCGAAUACCAUUUCGCACACUGAAAUUUUCUAGAAUACGAAAAAAUUGCAAUAUUUUACAGUGUCCUUCAAUGGGUUGCUCCAAUUUCAUUUUUUCUCAAAUUUUCUGUCAUAAAAAUCUCUGACUCUAAUUCAAUGCUUACCAACAUGUCCAAUGGUAUCUAAACUGUCUUAAAAUACAAAACCAUUUUUAAUUUGUCACCUCACUUUUCCAAAAUUUGCCACAAUUUCCAAGUGCCCCCCAAAUUCGUCCCUACUUUUUUGAAUAUUCAAAUCCCCGUCCAAUAAAGUCAUCGUAUUUUAUUAUGCCCUUUCAUUUCCCCCUCCAACCAUUCGCCUUCUCUCCACUAAAUCUUGUUCGCCCAAUUUUCGAAUCCUCCAAAUUUUUUGAGGGAUCGAUGCCAAACAAAAGAAAAUUGAGCGUCAGCUGUUUGAUUGGGGCCACGAGUUGAGAAAUGGGCGGCGAAGGGAGAUGGUAAACCGAGGGCCAGCUCGUUUACAAGGCGCUAAUUGAUGAAUUAACAACAAAAAGAUUUGUCAAUUUGAAAAACGGACAAGGAAAGUGGAAAAAUGGGGUCAGAACAGGUGAAAAAUGGGGACAACUUUGGGGAUUACUGUGGGAAGAGGAGGUUAAACAAAGAGGAAUCAAUCUUAAUCUGAUAGAAUGGAUUAGAUAACAUAUUAAAACAACAAUGGAAGUCUUGUCAAAGAUCUGUGGAAAAAGUUAUUGUCGACAAAAGACAUUUACCUAUCAAAAACUACCGUUUUCAAGCAAAAAAGUUAAUUUCAACUAAAAAAUCUCGUUAAAAAUAUCUUAAAAUGUAAAAUAGAGAGACAGAACCAUGCAGACACAAUGCUUAUAACAUAAACCCCAUAAACUUAGAGUAAAUUACAAUAACAGCCCAGGAUUUUCAGACCGUCCUCAAUUCGAUGCACAAGUACCAGCCUCGUGUUCACAUUGCCCGGUGUAAUAGUAUGGAACAACUGAAGUUGACCAUGUGGAAGACUUUCACAUUUCCAGAGACGGUUUUCAUCGCGGUUACGGCGUAUCAAAACGAAAAAGUGAGUGAAAAUUUUAAUGGAAUUCGAAUUUUUCAUCAAAAAUUCGAAUUUUAACGGGAUUUUUUCUAAUUUUUGAAUUUAAUUAUGCUCUAAAGUAUAUAUAACUCUUUCUACUUCUUCCUCUUUCUCCACUGUUCAAUUACAGUCCAAUUUGAAACUAAAAAAUCCAGGAGAAAAUCCAAUUUCCCUGUUUAUUUGCAUAGCUGUUUCGGCGGACAUUUGUCGAUUAUUUGCUGCAACAGAAGGUUGUCAAAUGUCCGAUUCGAUGGAAAAUAUGUUCGAUCAUAUCGUUUACACAAACACUCCUACCGUAUCCGUCGUUUUUUGGAUAGAAAAAUUAAUUUGCAUAUUCAAAUUUUUGAUGAUUUUUUAAAUUUUAUUUUUUUUUUUGGUUUUUUGAGUGCUCUUUUAGUAAAAAAUAGCCAAAAUUUUGAUUAUGCAAAUUUUGAAAACCAAAAAUUAGAAUAUUCAAAAUUUCAAAAUUAAGCCUCAAAAAAUUUCCAUACUCUGAGCGUUCAGUUACCAGUCUUAAUAUCAUUUUUCGGCUAAAAAUCACAGACUUUUUCUUUGCUCUUUUCCAUUUGUUCAUCGGAUUAAUUCUCGGCUCAUUUUCCCCUCAUUUUCGAGUAUUAGGAAACGUUUUCGGUAGAUGAAAAGUUUCUUCAUGUAGCCGCCGCUAAAACGCUUAUCAUCCCCGCUAUCAGUGUUAAGGGAUUAGCGGCGAAACUGAGAAGAAAAAGGACGGGGGAAAAGACGAUACGCAAAUAUUUUGGCUUCUUUUAAGAUUUAUAUUGGUAAAUUAGGGUACUGUAACAUCUUUAAUUGCAUUUUAAAAUAUUGUACUGUGCCUUAAAUUUGGCUUUCUUCAAGUUUUUACUCAGAAAUCACAUUAUUUUUUGUUGUUUCAAGCAUUUUUUCUAAUUCUCUGUAUUUUUCAGGUAACCCAACUAAAAAUCGACAACAAUCCAUUCGCCAAGGGUUUCCGCGACACUGGUGCCGGUCGUCGCGAGAAGAAAAGGCAUCUGAAUGAGUCCGGUUCAACUUCUGGAUAUUCACCCAAUCCAGAUUCCAAGUUCAGAUUCAAUUUGGAUGACAGCGAUGAUGAUGAAACUCCCGCAAAAAGGCCGAGGAGUUCGUCGAGUAAUGAUCUGAAUCACUCGGGAAGCUCCAAGUCGCCGUCCAGCGGCUCUGGGAAGAUGUUUAACAGUCCAUCGGUAAGAUUUUGAAAAUUAUGCAAAUUUGAGGAGAUAUAUGCAAAUUUUGAAAAUUUUGAUUUUUAAUAUUCAAAUUUAGGCGUUUGAAUAGUCACGAUAGAGCUUUUAAUAUUAGAAAUUUUUUUUGGAUUUUUAUUUUUUUUGAAAAUUUAAAUAUUCAAAUUAGCCCUUCAAAUCCGCCUAAUUGGCUAUUUCACCGCCUAAUCCCCAAUUCUAACCCAAAUCCUUUCAGGAAAACGGCCAGUCCGCCUCGCUGAACAACGGCCAACGCCGCGACAACCAAUUCAUGCCGCUGCGCCAGCUCCCCUUCCCGAUGCCGGGCAUGGCGGGCCGCAAAGACAUGCCAUUCGGGUUUCCGCCGUUUGGCCCACUCAUGCCGUGCUAUCCGCCGUUUCCGGGCCAGCAGCAAGGAAACGGCGUCUUCCCGCCCGCCAAUCCGGAAAUGCUCGCCAUGCUCAUGCAUCAGCAGCUCCUGCGCAACGGCUUCAACCCGCUGGCGGCGGCGAUGGUGAACAAGUUCGCGCAGUUGCAGCGGCAGAACAUGGAGAACUUGAAACGCAACGCCGCGAUGGGAGAAGCCUCUUCAUCAACAGAGCAGACGACUGAGAAUUCUUCUGUCGAAAGAGUCGCUUCCGAAGCGCCUUCCGAAGCCCCUGAAACAAAUUCCGCGUCACCCUCGAAUAAAACAACACCAGAAGUCAGAUCAGAGCUCACGGUGGCCGACAUUCGGCCAGAAUCCGAGGAGCAUCACUCCGACGACGAUGUGAAAUUACCCAAACUAGAAACGAAGAGCUUUUCGUCGAGUCCAACACCCGAACCCACCAAAGAAACGCCGAGUCCCACGUUCCCGGCGAACGUCAAGAAGUCCUUCGGCGUCACGGACAUCCUCUCCGCUUGA